GUGUGGUCUCAACGGAGCGGUGACGAAUUUUCCCAGCGCCCUUGGGAAACAGCCGCGGCCGGAUAGGUGUCGCAUGCGUUGUGCGUCAUGAGUGGCGUGUGGGAUUUUCAUAGAUGUUAAGAAUUGUAACCGCCAUUGGAAAAAACUAAGGCUAAAAGUAACACAAUGGCAGCAAAUCCUCCAGCACAAGGUUUUCAGAAUAAAAAUAGGGUUGCAAUUUUGGCAGAACUAGACAAGGAAAAGAGAAAGUUACUUAUGCAAAACCAGUCAUCCACAAAUCAGCCUGGAGCCAGCAUUGCACUUGCAAGGCCUUCCCUGAAUAAGGAUUUCCGUGACCAUGCUGAACAACAGCACAUAGCAGCACAGCAAAAGGCUGCAUUACAGCAUGCACAUGCACAUUCUUCGGGAUACUUCAUAACUCAAGACUCUGCUUUUGGAAAUCUUAUUCUUCCUGUCUUACCUCGACUUGAGUUGGAGUGAGGGAUGUUAUUUCAGAGCAAAGGAGACUAAUUUGUGUCAGUUGUGGAAACUGCCAUCUCCAAGACUGUUGAUAUAGUUUAUCAAAGCAACUGAGGACUUUUUUUAAAAAAAAUGGAGUUUUAUACCUUACAUUUUUAUUUAAAAAAUAAGAAAGCCUGUUUCAUUCCGGAUUCACAUACACGCCUUCAGGGAGGUCAGAUUCAACCAUGGAAAAGAUGUGUUAUAGAGUACUAAUAAAUUGAUUGUAUUCCUUCUCUACUUCAUUUCUUCUGUCGGAGUCGGACAUAAGACUGGAUGUUUGACAUGUGUAUUUAUUUCUCGUAUUUCUUCCUUUAGUUGAAAAA